CUGAUCGGCGAACAUGUUCAGAUAUAUUUUCAAAUUCGCAUGGAGCUGUGGGCUCGAGAUCCAAUGACGCUAGCCUCUUACGUUUGGGCCAUACGGGCCCAAAGGAGGAAUCGGCGGGUUUUGGGCUACAUAGAAUGAUAGGUGUGUUGACUAGGGGAUUGACGGUUUUUGCCCCUAGGGUUCCUCCUCUGCGAGCGAGACUACAACAUCAGCACAGCCGGCUUGCCGCCACCAUGGCGGGACGAGGAGGAGGUAGAGGUCCUGAUGGUGGCAGAGGUUCUAGACAGUUCUAUGAUCAAGCCUCUGGUUCAGGUAAUUUUAGUGGGCAGGGUGGAGGACCAUCGUCUGGCACUUUCGGCGGACAAGAUGGAGGACCACAGCCUGGUACUUUUGGCGGACAAGGUGGAGGACAGCCACCGACUAACUUCGGGGGCCAAGGCGGAGGACCACAAGGAAAUUACAGGCCGGCUGCAAAUGGUAGAAGCUUCGAUGGCAAUCGAGGUGGGUUUCAAGGGCAAGAUGGAGGACAAGGUUUUCAAGGUUACAAUGGUGAGUUUGGUUUCAAUGGAAAUUUUCAGAGAUAUGGGAAUGAAUUUCAAGGAGGACCGCCAGGCGGUUUUAAUUUUGUCCCUGGCCCUGGAGGUGGAGAAUAUCGGGGUGGAAAUAAUGGAAAUAAUGGAUAUCGACGUCUCUAUGAUCAGAGAAACAAAGCUGGCCUAUAUCGAGGUGGUGCCAAUGCUGGGCGGUAUGGAGGAAGAGGCCGUGGGCGCUAUUUGGCUACUGGGAGCAACGAUAAGUUGAGGGAUCCAGAGAAGAUUAUAGAGACAGGGAAGCAGAUCGUUGGGGAGCAGACAAAUGCCACAUUGCAGAAUACUCAGAAUCAGCCACAAGUUCUGUCAGACCAAGUUGGUCAACAACGGCAUACGGCCGUGGCCGGCGAGGGUUCUAUCUCUGGUAAAGAAAAAGAAGCUUCGGGCUCCAAGAAGAAGGACAAAUCCGUAGAUAAACUGAGAUGCUUUCGUUGUGACAAGUCUGGCCAUUUUUCCAUUGAUUGCAAGGUCGAGAUUUGCGUUUUCUGUGAGUCACCAGAUCAUAAAGAUGAUGAUUGCCCCUUACACAAAAUGAAGAAACCAAUGAUCUCUUUGUACGGAUAUGGCCAUGCGGAUCUUGCUUUUGUUGAGGUUGAACCUACCCCGGAAUUCAAACCGAAAUCUGAUAAUGGCCGUAUGUGCAGGAUAACGGUGAAAGGGGGUUCGCUUACAUCUGAGACGAUCAUCGAGCGUCUACGUUGGUGUAUUGAUGAUACAUUUCAGUGGGAUGUGCAACCUCAGGGGACGAACAUCUAUAAGACUCAGUUUCCAAGCAAGCAUGAACUGCAGAGGGCGGUGAGGAUUGGGGUUUUUCCCUUGAAAAAUUCAGACACUGUCCUUGAGUUUACAGAGUGGAAAUCAGUAGUGAAACCGUCGGUUCAGUUAGAGGAAGUAUGGGUUUUGAUUAGCGGCGCUCCUGAAGGCAUGUAUAGGAAUUAUCUCACCUGCUGGGGUAUGGGUCGUUUGAUUGGGAAAACAAAGCAGAUUGAUAUGGCAUAUACUAGAGAAUAUGGGGUGGUUCGGGCUCUUGUCAAGGUCAUAGAUAUUGCAAGUAUUCCCUAUAAGAAGUUGUUCUUCUAUGAAGAUGAGGGGUAUGAUCUUACUUUUGAGAUUGAGGAUGAGACGGCAAUGAGUGAGGAUGGUGGUUCCCCACAUGGAGAUGGCAAUCAGAAUAUAGGCCUAGAGAUAAGGAAGAGGAGAAGAAAAAAGAUCCUAAGGAAGACAAUGCCGACUUAGAGAAAAUGUCUAAACAGACCCAGCCAAACGAGAAUACUACUAAAUCCAAGGGAAGUGGAGGAGCUAAUGUUACCAAGAGUGCACAUACGGGUGCACCUCUUGAUAUAGUGGAGAUGGGAUUGGAGAAGAUCAUCGGAUCAACACCAACCCAAGUUUCAGGCAGAAGAAUUUUCAUCUCUCCAUCGUCAGGGGAGAAGGAGUGCUCUCUGGUUUUUGAUGAUGCUGAAGCAGAUACACUACCCAGGUUGUCGAAUCCCAACAGUCAGCUCGGGUUGGGUGCGACCGCUGCAGUGGCAGCAAUUUUGGGCGAGACAGCUGCAGCGGCAGCGCUUUCGCCGCUUUCUUCUUCUGCGACACGAACACACAAUGCGGUGGCAGCGGCUGCCGCGGCAUAUUUUUCGACACCUUCUCCUGCUGCAGUAAGAACUGAGAACGCGGUGGCAACGACUACUGCGGCAGCUUCUUCGGCACCUCCUUCUGCCGUGACUGGAACUCUUGGCGCGAUGGCAACGGCUGCCGCGCCAAACCUUUUUCGUGUUUUUUCUGCCAAGGCAGAUGGACCGGAUGGGUGUUCCCCUAGAGUGGAACCUGAGGGGAGGAAGCACAUUUCAUCCAUCUCGCGUAUACCUCAGGUACUCGAGUAUGAUGAGUUUCCACCAUUACAAGACUCUAUUUUGGUUUCAAGUGUUAUUACCAAUAAAUUUCAAACAUAUUUGCAGGAUUCUGCGCCGAGAAUUAAGACACCAUGCGGGGGUCUGAACUUGUUGGCAAAGAACUUCUCUCCGAGUCCUGUUCAAUACUCUUAUGAAGAUAUUGUUGCUUAUGGGGGCAUCCCGGAGAAUUCGACUUCUGGGAUCCGAACCAGUGGGAGUUUACAAGCGCAACCGAAUGCAGAUCAAUCACAGUUGGAAAGGGCUAUGCUUUUAACGCAGAGACAUCAGACUCCAGGUUAUCCGUAUGGUAUCACACUGGAUCCACGACUGGUCUCUCUUACUACCGGAGGCGCAACGAGAGCCUAUGCAUGCUGGAUGCCGCCGGCUGGAAGCGGUGGCACAGGCUAUUUACAGCCAGGCUGGUUGGCGACCUACUAAACGACUUCAAGAUGCAUAAACGUGUCACUAUACUGUUUCGUUGGCUAGUUUAUGUGUACACGUUGUAUGAUCUUUGAGUUGUAAAACUUUGAUACUUGAUAUUUUGAUACUUUGGGUAAUAAAGAGAGC